CCCUGCCCCCAAGUGGCCACUUUGGGGAAUUCUGCUUGCCUGCGCAUAUUCGUACGACAACACCCGCCAUGCGCGGGCGACGGAGAGAUCUGUUUGGACUCGGCCGGUACGACACUGCAGACACCCGAGCGAUUGGACGUUCCAUGCAGUGCCAUAUCGGGAACGUCGUCAGAUGGGCCAAGACUCCAGCCCUGGAACAACUCACUUCGUACUCUCCCCUGGAUGCAUCGUACCAAGUCCUGGUACCACGGCGACUCCCAUCCCAACAGUCGGGCACCAAGCUACCCAAAUCCUCGAGACGGUGAGACGGUAAGACGAGACCGUGAGACGGUGAGACCAGGGGCCGUAGCACAACCGCUGCUGAUUUUGGUAUUCAGCAUGGUCAGUUUAAUGUAUUCAUGCCUGGACGCUAGCCAGCCAGCUGAUUGGGUUGGCUGCAAGGACGAGGCACAGUCGAGAAAGAAAAGAGUGAAAGAGAGAAUAAGAUGGGUGCAACGACCCAACUGUGUGGUAUGUGGUAGCAAGCUAACACUGAUGAUUGAUCAAGCUCAUCAUGCCGUCACCGUGCCGAUAGAGACUUAUCCUGGUCGUGCAACUGCCAGCGACCGAAUGGAGGGGUUCCAUACCUGGCUCGUACUUUGUACCCAGCUAAAGUUCCUCACUCGGGAUUCACUCGAUCCGUUCCCACGGAUCGCAACGUCGGUCAUACCCCUUAGUAUCUGGCCUUGCAAGCAACCAAGGCUUGGGAACGAGUGCUUCGUAUUAGCUCUAAUAUAUUGACAAUGGUAGCACCCUUGACCACCAUGACAGGAUUGGAAAGAGCACGGCAAGGCCACAGCGCGGAAUAGUGGACAACAAGGAAAAUUUGUAGGAUUGUGAC